AUGAUGUUUUCACGAAAUAUUCGGAUUUUAACCAAACUCACAAUAAAUCAAUUAAAAUUGACACAAAAUGUCACGGGACAACGUUUCCUGAGGGGUGCCAGGCCUAAGAUCGAAUACAAAGCCCUGCCAACACCACUCACGGAAAAAGAACCAGAUCCCGUGGAAAUGGCAAAAAAGGAGUUAGCCGAAUUGACAGGUGGUAUGGAUCUGAAUGAAUUGAAGGCCAUAUUAGAACCCACAAAGAAACAUAAAACACAACUUCCCGCAACAACAAAAGAAGGCGAUACCCCAACAGAAUUACAAACAGAGCAGGAAACCCCACCAGGGCUACAACCCACUUACAAUUUGGCUGCCUAUGUAAAUAAAUCCGAAUUAUUGCAGAAUUUCAUAAAAAUGGGUGUCGACUUAAGUGCCAUCGAAAAACGUAAAGGCUUAGCACAAUUUGUCCUAACCUUAGAUAUGGAAAAAGAUGUCCAUCCACGUUUGCUAUUUCUCCAGGAUCACGGUGUCCCAGCGGAAUAUUUUGGUGAACUUAUUACAAAAAAUCCUUUAAUAUUUAAAGUCGAUUUAGAUGAUAUGCAGGUUAGGGUAAAUUAUUUGGAAGCGAAACGUUUCUCUAAAGUACAAAUACAACGUAUCCUAACCCUUAACCCUUUUUGGUUGAUGUUCUCCACCAAACGCAUCGACAAACGUUUGGGUUAUUUUCAAAAAGAAUUUUCGCUGCGCGGUGAUGAUGUUCGUUAUUUGUGCAGCAAACAGCCCCGCUUGAUUACCUAUAACAUGCAACAUCUGGCCGAUGCGACAUUUUGUGUGCGCGAAGAAAUGGGUUUCAACAAGGAGGAGAUAAAGGUAUUGCUGUUGAGUAAACCGCGGCUGUGGAUGUUGAAACCGGAUGACUUAAUAGAACGUUUCGCCUAUGCCCACAAUGAAAUGAAAUUAUCUCAUCAAAUGUUGCUGCAGCAGCCGGAAAUUUUAACAUCACGCGAAUUUCGUCUACGCGAACGCCAUGAGUUUCUGAAAAUGUUGGGCCGUGCCCAAUAUGAUCCCGAUAAGGAUAUGUACAUAUCUCCUAAGGCUUUGGUCGAGGGUAAUAAUCAUCAUUUUGUUCGCAAGGUGGCGAAGAGUGAUAUGGAAACGUUUGAAUUGUUUCUGAAAAGUCGUUAA